GAAAAAUUAUCGAGAUCUAUGGAACUGAUUCUUCCGGAAAAUCUACACUGGCUCUACACGCAAUUGCGGAAGCUCAAAAUCAGGGAAAAACUUGUGUAUACAUCGACUUAGAAAAUACUUUGAAUAUACCCUGGGCUGAAAAAAUAGGUGUAAAAACUGAUCAAUUAUAUAUCAGCACUCCUUCCAGUGGAGAAGAAACUUUUGAGAUUAUUAACUCCUUAAUUCAAAGUAAUGAGACUGAUCUGAUAGUUGUAGAUUCAGUAGCAGCUAUGGUUCCUGAGGCAGAGCUUGAUGCCUCCAUCCAUGACCAGGGAAUGGGGAUGCAAGCUAGGUUGAUGAGUAAGGGUUUAAGGAUAUUGCAAUCUCACCUAAUUAAAUCUAACACCGCAAUAAUUUUUAUAAAUCAAGUUCGCGAACAAAUUAGACAGACUUAUGUACCUACAACGACGACUUCCGGCGGAAGAGCUCUUAAGUAUGCAGCCAGCAUAAGAGUCGAAAUUAAGAGGCAAGAAACCAUUAAACAAAACGAUAAAAUUAUUGGCUCUUUGACAAAAAUUACAAUCAUAAAAAAUAAAUUUAACAGUCCGAUGAUUCAAAUUCCUCUUCGUCUUUAUUUCGAAUCUGGAUUUGACAAAAUGUGUGAACUAAUUAACGCUGCUAUUGAUGAGAAAUUAAUAGAAAAAAGAGGUGUCUGA